AUGUCCCGCGUUCGCGUGCUCUCUCGCACGCGUAGACUCUCCACUGGAGGCCACUGGCUUCCGUCAUCGGCGCGUGCGUGGCUCGAGAAGGUCGAGAACGCCGCGUUCACGCGAGCUCUCACGGACGCCAUGAAGAAAAUUCCACAGAUCAGCGGCCGCGAGGAAGCCAUCGCGAAUGCCAUAACGUCCAGCGCCGCUGAGAUCUACGACGACGCGUAUCGAGGAACUGAUGCGCCGAGCGAUGCCGCAGCAACGCACGCGAAGGCGGCGGCGAGGACGAUUGCAACCUACCAACAGCUUCGACCGUAUCUGGGCUCGGACGAGGCUACAAUGAAUAUCAUUCGCACGCAUUUAGGAUCGGAACGCACGGCGCAGACGAUGAACGGUGGACUCAUCAAGGGGGCGCUCAUGCUGAGUCGGGAUAAGGUGGCUACGCUGGCUGGAAUGCUCGGAAACAUAACGAACGAUUUGGCUCCGGGCGCUUGGACGCGCGAGGACGUCCGUCGCGUGGUCAGCUUCACCACGUGCUCUUGCACGUACCAUGCCUUCUUUAAAAAGUACGACAUGGAGUUCUUGACCCAGACGACGUGCUGCUCGCUCGACGUCGAUGUGUGGUUCUCCAACGUAGAUCCGACGACGGCUUCGGUUACACUCGAGGAGAGCCUCGCACGCGGCGAUCCUCAGUGUCGCGUCGUCGUACGUCCGGGCAAUCCAUACUAG